GAAAGGAGUCGCAAGGAGCCUCUGAUGAGACACAGACAGCGGACCCGCUGCUUCACAGACUGCGCCACGCGAACAGCAGCCCGAUGCGGGAGAGGAGGAUGAGGAGGACCCCCGGACCACAGUGAUCACACCCGAACGGAGAAGGGGAGAACCAAGGGGACAAGAGGAGGAACGCGGGGGCGGUCAGCUGUCCGCGACACUAAAGGGGGGGGGGGAGAGAGAGAGAAAAGAACCGACGCGACCCGUCACAUCACGUCCCCGCGCCCGAGAUGACAAAGGCCCAGUGAAGCGAGGAAAGAUGUCGCAGAAGAAGAUAUUCCUGGUCUUCGUCGCCAUCAGCACGGUCAGUCUCCUGCUGCACCACGGGGGCCACUUGAGCUGGACCAUGGAGGCCUUCCACCUGGGCUGCCCCGCCCUCCGGUCCCACCCUGCGCCCGGCCUGAAACCGAAGCACACCAACGUGGCCUUCCUCAAGACCCACAAAACGGCCAGCACCACCAUGCAGAACCUGCUGUUCCGCUUCGCCGAGUGCAACAACCUCACGGUGGCGCUGCCCGUGCAGGCCUGCAGUCACCAGUUCUGCUACCCGCGCUCCUUCACUUCCCACUUUGUCCACCCGCACACGCUGCCGCCGAACAUCGUGACCAGCCACAUGCGCUUCAACAAGGCGGAGAUGCAGCGCCUGAUGCCCAACGACACCAUUUACAUCACAAUCCUGAGAGAGCCGGCCUCCAUGUUUGAGUCCUUGUUCAGUUACUACAACCAGUACUGCCAGAGCUUCAAGAGGGUCCCCAACGGCUCCUUGGAGGCUUUCUUGGAGGAGCCGUGGCGCUACUACCGACCCGAUGAGAAAGACUCCAUGUACGCCCGCAACACUUUGACCUUCGACCUGGGCGGAGACAAGGACCGCCCGGCGACGGACGUGGCGUACGCGCGGGGCUUUCUGGCCGAGGUCGACAGGGUUUUCUCCCUGGUGAUGAUUGCCGAGUACUUUGACGAGUCGCUGGUUCUCCUCCGCCAUCUCCUCUCUUGGGACCUGGAUGACAUCCUGUAUGUGAAACUCAACAUGCGGACGCCGAGCUCAAAGAGGAGCCUGACGCCGGGCCUUCCCUCAAAGAUCCGGGCCUGGAACUCCUUGGAUGCGCGUCUCUACAACCACUUCAACGCCUCCUUGUGGCGCCAGCUGUCGGCGCUGGGUCCAGGGUGCGUGGCGAGGGAGGUGAAACUCCUUCGGCGAGCCCAGGAGAGGUUGAUGAAGAGCUGCUUCGGCGGGCGGAUGCCGCUCCUCCGGUCGGCCGCGCAGAUCAAAAAUAAAGAUCUCCGCCCCUGGCAGCCUAGUGGCAAAGUUGACAUUGUGGGCUACGACCUCCCAGUGAAUCUCAGCCGCGGCUUCUCAAGCCAGGCCCAGGAGCUGUGCCUCAAGCUCAUCAUGCCCGAAGUCCAGUACACGCGGGUUCUCCUGCGUACCCAAUCGCUGCGCUACCGCCGGGGCUACCAGCUCCGCCCUGCACAGCAGUUGCAUCCCCUCCAACAGCCCGUACGCACGGCCAUGCCUCGGCAUCUUCAGGCGCAACGCGGCAAGCCGCCCGGCCCCGCGUCAGGGACAUGGUCCACCUCCACGCCAAAGCCUGCUGCGGGAACUCAAGGUCGGACCACAAAGUUAGGGCCAAAGUCCUCACAGACCCAGGCCUCGCUGACUCAAAAGUAGACAUUGGAGUAUGAACUGAGGGCCCAAAAGACUGCAUUGUCCAUGUUUCUUGGGGGUGGGCGUUGGGUGGUGUCCUACGGAAAGAGCCUGGGUUGUUUUUUAAUCAAUGUCCCUGCUAUCCUUUCCAUACAAAGUUUGGGAUCAAAAUAAAUGAGGGAACAGGGAGGAGGGCUGGUGUUGGGGUGUCUCUUCAGGGCUGGCAGACACAAGGGCGGUAGAAAUGUACGCCGGGACUCGGCUUGAUUGAACGCCUCUGCACGCCCGACUACUGCGGAUGGGAGAGGGUUUCAGGUGAAAGUGGUGCUUUGAAGCAAAUCUGUUAUGUGCGCCCGGGACUCAAUAGGAAAGUGGCAAUUUCGGGGGACUAUUGUGAGGCACAGAGUAGGCCUUGUGUGUAUCACACUGGUAUAGUGUCAUGUUACUUGCUUUCAUUCUAUUUCUACAGCCCUCUCUCUCUCUCUCUUACAUAUGCCACUUUGAGAGUCUUUGAGAGAGACAUAAUGACAGAGAGAGAUCGACUGUCAGGCGUCCAAAGAGCCUUCUAAGAGGCCAGACAGACAUUGAGAUCACCUCAGACCAUUAACAAAACAGCACAAUCCACAUUUCGUCACUCCUUCAUCUUCUGCUCAUGCAAAGUAAAAGUCUCAAAACUGGAUGCUCAGUUUGGCCAACCAUUUUCGCGUUUGACUGACACAGAGGUCUGAACGCACACAUCAAGCCUGCGUCUCUUCUGCUAUCUGACCUCGCUGGUUUUCUCCCCCCCCCCCUCCUCCACCCUUCAUCCCCGCUGCUCACCCUCUGCUACCAAAGAGCAGCACCGACAUCUUGUUGUCUUCAACCCUUUGAUUUCGGGUCUCCCUCGGCCCACCAGCUGAGAUCGCAUCCUGCAGCCGAGAGACUUUCUUCCUCACUUGUGGUUUUGGUUUUUUGUCUUGUCGCAAUAAGAUCAGCAGGCGCACGACAUACACGAAAGGCAUGAAUCAAGUGAGCCACCAGCGACCCCCGCAUUGCACACACUGGAAACACAAACGAAAAGGUAUGACGAAUUGACCGGACAAAGACUUGAGGGCUGUGGGUUGCCUUCAUUUCAAUAUUUAAUUGCCCCCCCCCCCGCCAUGAACAGUGUUCUUAGUUUACAUGGCGUUUUUAUUAAGAAUGCAAGAAGCAGAUGAAAGUCGCUCCUUGCACCAGCGAGGGAACCAAGCAGGAAGAAGCGACUACGGGGGGAUCGCUGUGAUCUCAAAGUGUCCCCAUUUCUCAUAUUAAAUGUGUCAUUCAUGUUAUUUAAUUCCUCCAGUGAUCAGCAGGACAAUGCUGAGUAGCUGUGGGCGGAGGGAAGGAUGUCUGUGUGUAUUUCUGUGUGUGUGUGUGUGUGUGUGUGUGUGUGUGUGUGUGUGUGUGUGUGUGUGUGUGAGAGCCGGGAGGCUCUUUCUGCUUCAUGCUGUAUUUUUUUUUCCCAGGGCCAUGCAAGUUGGCAUGGCAACAAAAGGAAAUAAUGUGGGUUAUUAAAUCUAUGUAUUAUUUAUAAUCAGGAUUUACAGAGUCCCAUCACUGUAUUUGAAAUGGGACUUUUCAUGAAUCACUGGGUAAAGACCUUCAUACGCUCAGCGCACCACCUCAGGUGGAACAAUGCAUGUGGCGACGGCAUAAAAAAAUGAACUCUUAUACAUGUUUUACAUAACGCAAAGACCACUUCUGAAAAACCGCACAUUGUGACAAGUGUAGUUGCUUUUAAAAAUUAAUUCUUCAUUCGGCCAUGCUUAAGUGCUCAACCACGCAGAGCUUUUGUGGUUGGAGUGCGUCGCACUGUGUGUUACAAUUAUGGAAACCACGGAAGCUGCUCUGACAGGAAUGAGAAAGAGUGGAAAUCAGACAGGAGUGAAGGAUAAACAGUUUUAUUUAAGUGGCUGUGAAAAUUUUGAAUUCAAAGUGUGCUUAUCCGCAGCUGAUUUCUUCGUUGCUCUGCAGGUUUUUCCAAACGUGUUCACAUGUGUGUAAAGUUGUUUCUUUUGUUAUUUUUUCUUUUUCUUACCCCACAAAAGGAGAAAUCCAUUUGACCCAACCUGUCUGUGGCAACGCAGCUUCAGCUUCUAUUGUUUUGUGCUUUGAAUCUUAAAACAACCCCUACAGAAACGUGUGUGUAAUCAUUCCCUGGAACAGCUGGCCUGUAGCUUCUAGCAGCUGCUGCUCAAACAGAAGAAACAGGGCAUUUGUUGUGGGACUGUUUCCAGCUGCGUAUGAAUACACAUUUGGUGGCACACUGAGUGUGUUUAGCAGCGGGGCCGUGUGUUUAAGAUGAACUCAGAAUAUACAACAGUGUCCCUUUUUGCUGUAAUGAUGAUGCGUGUGUGUGUGUGUGCGAUUCGUUGUUGGCCCUUCUGCUUUCAUGGGAUUUGUGGACAGCAGGAUGAAUACAGAAUGAAACACGGCUUUUUGACAUUGAAUCCGUUUGCCGCCGAAAUGUAUUUGGAUGAGUUUGAAUUAUGCUGCUACACGUAGAAAGAAAACAUUUUGGCAGCGACUUGACGUCCCGAACUGCUUCCAACCUGCUGUGAAAAAAAGGAUAAAACACUACGUAUGUGUCUGUCACUAAUGAACCCGAAGUCCUUUUUUUCACAGGAUAAUUUGUUUCAAAAUGUCUAUAUUGAUUCAAUUUUGGACGCUUUGGAUCCCGGGACACAUUGGCACAACGCUUGUUCUUUAAUCUCCUGGUUGAGUUCAGGGACUUUCAGCACAUUCCUUUAGUCGUUUGUGCAUCAAAAGAAUGGGAAGCCAGCUGAAGAAUAUGUAUUUUUAUUUUACGUGAACUAUUCAUUUGUGACCCAUCCGAGGCUGUGAAUCUCUGUUCUGAUUGUACAAGUCGUUCGCCCGGCUGCUCUGUGUUUUUCUUUCUUUUCUUUUCUUUUUUUUUUUUUCGUCCUCAACGCGGCGAAGCUUGUUGGGCUUUUCUUUUCUUUGAAUAUGCUGAGAAAUAAACUUCUUUCUUGUGGUGUCAAGGGACGUUCGUUUGGGUCUCUGCUGAGCCUUCAUGUCGCAGGGGAAGUGAAAUCGACGGGUUCAUUGCCAUUCGGGGGGAAGGCGACGUACUCAAUGAUUUCUCUGACUGUAUUUUCCCCAAAUUGCCUCUUUUGAUCUGCUCGUCUGUUUCCGUCUUCUGUCUAAGGACUUAUCUGUGAGACGGGCUUUUUCUCCCCGCCCCUCAUUAUCGUGGUUGGGUGCGAAUGUCGGGGCGGGUGAUGGGGCUCGGAUCAAAUGGCUAAUGACAAUCAGAGCUACGGGCCCCAAAGCUUUGUAAUGACGGACUGUGAAUGUGACAAAUAAAGUUUGAUCCAUUACAAUUCA